AUGCCGCCCAGGAUACCCGUCCGCGCGCCGUGGGCCUCGUGCGCCUCGUCGGCCUCGUCGGCGCCAGCCAACGGCCUCCAUGCCCGCCAGCUCUCCUCGACGCCGGCGGUCCUGGCCCUGGGCCCCCAGUCUCCCAACUACAUCGAGGUCCCCAAGCCGGCGCAGCCCACAUUCCCGCUCGCACCCAACGUCAAGGGACACCUGCCCAUCCCCCGCGACAUCUUCAGCACGCGCAGCCCGCACCCAAAGGAGUCAGAUGUGUUCUUGCGGAGGUCGACCAAGGACGCAAAGGACCGCAAAGCCCCCGGGCCCUUCAGCCGCGACGCCGACUUUCGUCUGUACAAGCAGCGCCUGGCUGGUGCACGGAAAGAGGCGCUCAAGGAGGGCGUGAAGGAGCUGCACGCACGCAAGGUCACGUCAGAGGCACAGCACCUGCACCGCAUACAGAUGAGCGGAGAGUUGCGGACAAAGCUCGCCAUGGCGCCCAGGCGCGAAGUCGACGUCCUGACCGAGACCUCAGUGUCAAAGGGCGUGCGCGACUUUCUCGCCGACUCCCUGCCCGCCGCCAACAGGAACAUCGAGGCCCGGAGAAGGGCGUACGAGAGGAAGCAGGCCGCCCAGCAGGCUGUGCGCGAGUCCCGCCUGCACGACCUCUACACCAACGCGCGGACGUUCAUCGUCAGCGAGGAGCAGCUGGAUCAGGCCAUUGAGGAGGCAUUCGGCACCGACGAGAACCCAAUAGGAUGGGACGUCCGGGGCAACAUGGGCCUGCGCGCAACGGGCCACGAGGGUCUGUCGCCAUGGAACGGGCCUAUGCCCGAGGGUGUCGGCGACAUGAUGAACAAGCUGCGCGGUGGAGAGGGUGUUGGCUUGGCCAAGGAGCGUGUCAAGAAGCUGGCCGAGGAGCUUACUGGUGGAAAGAUGUAA